AUGGUCGAGUGUUGUUAGUUCAAGUAAGUAUAAGUCAGACUUUAUUGUUAGUAAAAUGGAUCCACUUAGUGGAAGUUGUUACAAUUUAAACUCACAAACCCUCUCAAACCAAAUCCUCGCCCAACAGAAAAUCGACCAAAAAUACUCCCAAAUUUCGGGCAGCGUCGUCACACUCAGCAAAUACGAGCAACGAAAUUUCAAAAAUCUCACACCUCAAAUAUUAGCCGCUAUUUUAGUCACUUCUUACCACGUCUCAAUUGGAAUCUCUUUAGCAUUCUCUGCCAUACUCCUCCCUCAACUCAAAUCAAAUCCCGAAUUUGGAGUCAUCAGUGAAAAUGAGGCGUCCUGGAUUGGUAAUUCAAAAAUCACAAUAACAAUAAAAAAAAACAAAAUUUUAGCCAGUAUUGUGGCCUUGAGCACCCCUCUUGGCAGCCUCAUGGUGGGCUUCCUCAUGGACCAAUAUGGCCGCCUCAAAACCCUCGCAAUGGCGUCCAUCCCGGCCAUCAGUGGUUGGGUCCUCAUCGCCCUCUCUGAUAACGUCCUUUUACUGAUAACAGGACGCGCUUUGGUGGGAUUUGCCUCAAGCAUAGGAUCAAGUCCUGCAGUGGUGUAUUUGACCGAAAUCGCCCGGAAGGACAUGCGAGGAUCCUUGAUUUGCUUCGCUCAAGCCUUGACAUCCCUCGGGAUGGUCCUCGCCUUCAUAAUGGGCUAUUUCUUGGACUGGAAACAAGUCGCAUGGUUCACAAACAUCUUCAUCGUGGUUCCUUGCAUCCUCGUGUUUUUUAUCCCGGAAAGUCCUGCAUGGCUAGUGUCAAAAAACCGGAUCGAGGAAGCGAAAAAAUCUCUACUCUGGAUCAAUAAGUACCAAACGGUGCAAUUAUCACUGGUUCAACUUGCUCUCCUCCAGAGAGAACACGAAUUGAAGGAGAGUGAAACGAGCAAAAUGGACACUUUUCGCGAAUUGGGGAAGCCAACAGGGUACAAACCGCUGUUGAUCCUCACCGGACUUUUCCUCUUCCAGCAAUUUUCCGGGAUUUUCACCUUUCUCUUCUACUCGAUUACGUUCUUUCAGGAAGUGGGGUCUGAAAUGAACCCUUAUUUGACCUCGAUUUUCAUCGGAAUCGUCCGAUUUGUCAUGUGUAUGGUCAACACCUACGUUUUAAGGACCUACGGGAGGAGACCUCUAGUCAUUUUGAGCUGUUUCGGGAUGUCUUUUAGCAUUUUUUUCUCGGGGUUUUUCACUUAUUGGGUCAAAACGGGCACAAGUACACUCACGUGGCUUCCUGUCGUUUUUCUCCUUCUUUUUGUGUUCACUUCGAUGAUUGGUUUAGUCCCAAUUCCUUACACCAUGACCGCAGAAUUGUUCCCACUUGAGAUAAGAGGAGUUGCACACAGUAUUUCCACGUGUCUUGCCAGUAUUUUCACAUUUGCGUCUUUACAAUUGUAUCCAGUGAUGUAUGAGGGCUUUGGGGGCAUCCACGGAGUCCAGUAUUUCUUCUCAGGGGUUACUUUAAUCGCCGCUAUUUACGUCUACGUUUUUUUGCCCGAAACACACCAAAAGAAAUUGUCCGAAAUUGAGGAAUAUUUCAACAAAACACCACAAAGUGAAAAUAUCAAAAAGAAAGACUUGAUGCAAGAAGUUUAAAACGAAAUGUAAUUUUUUUUCUCAAAAGUUUUUAAUAAAAUAACACUGU